AUGAUAUUUUGUUCGUGUGACGUUUAACGAGUCUGAGAUAAAUGCGACUGCGACGAGACGUAAUGAUUGAAAUAGUACGACGUGACAUCACAAAGACAUCGUCCUCAAGAUAAUAUUGUCGGGCGUGGAGGCGACGGUAGGUCACUCGACAGGGGGUGGGUCAUGUAUGCUGCCGUGAGCAGAAGCGUAUCCACGAGCCGUUUCUGGUCGCGGGGACUCGCGCGCAUUCGCGAAUCGAGGUUGUCAACAUCGGCCAAGAAAACUCCAACCGAGGUGGACACAGUGGUAGCGGCGGAAAUCGCGGGCAUUGCUGCGUGUAAAACGCCUUCGAAAGAGGCAAAAGUUGGGCCGAGGCUACAAAUUGUACGUGUAUAUCGAUGGAAUCCAGAAAUGCCGAAAGUGAAGCCGUACAUGCAACAGUUCAGCGUAGAUUUGAACAAAUGCGGCACAAUGGUGCUAGACGUAUUAACGCUUAUAAAAGCGCAACACGAUCCGACAUUGUCCUUCCGGAGGUCCUGUCGCGAGGGCAUCUGUGGAUGUUGUGGGAUGAACAUAAACGGCGUGAAUACCUUGGCUUGCAUAACGAAAGUACAAGAAUCUCUGCAGCCACUGGUGAUCUAUCCUCUACCGCAUGCAUAUGUGAUUCGAGACUUAAUACCGGAUAUGGAACAGUUCCUGGGACAAUUCCACAAAAUCGAUCCGUAUUUAAAGCGACCGGAUGAGGACGACUUCCUCGGUAUGCGGCAAAUUUUGCAAAGUCCAAGGGACAGGAGCAAGCUCGACGGCUUGUACGAAUGCGUAAUGUGCGCAUGUUGCACGUUUUCGUGUCCUCCUUACUGGUGGCUCGGCGAUAAGUAUCUAGGACCUGCGGUGCUACUGCAGGCAUACAGGUGGGUGAUAGACUCGCGGGACAUGGCACAUGAAGAAAGGCUGGCAAAAUUACGAGACUUCUAUUCGGUUUAUCGAUGCCACACGAUCUUCAAUUGCACAAAAACGUGUCCAAAGGGUCUAAAUCCAGGAAAAGCAAUAGCGCAAUUAAAACGUUUGUUAGCCGGACUUACAAAGAAAGAGAAACCAGACCUUGAGACAGCACUUCCGAAUUCCUGCAAAAGUGAGGAGCAAUACUUAAGCAAAAAGAAAUAACAAAAUAGAAUAUAGUUCGCGAGAGAUUCUUCUUUAUUGUAUAAAGUCCAUCACUUUGAAUAAAGAACUUAGCAUAAUUGAGCAUUAAGGUUGAUUUUGUACAAGAGAUAAUAAACUCGUAACGAUAAUUAAAUGUAAAAGAUAAAUUAAGCCUACAUUUUCUUUGCACAUUUGGCAUUAAACGUAAGGCAGUCUUGAUCUCUUUUUAUUACCAUUGCUAUAUUCUUGAAAUAUUCUAAAUUUUCUAAUCAAAGUUUAUAAAGUUAUAAAUUGGCACUUAAUAUUAAUCAAUAAUCCUUAGUGCAUUUUACUAAUGUCAUAUAUCACAAAUACACUGUAUGUCUAAGUUAAAUAACGCCGAGACACUACUGUGUCUCUGGAUCACAAAUUCUUGUAUUCGUCAAAUUGAGAUACGUCAAAAAAUAAAAGAGUAUAUUAUACAGA